GAUAAGGGAAGGUUGUCGUUCUCCUCUCAGUAGUUUUUUGACACAAGAAAACGUGAUCUAAAAAUUUCGGGUUUUUCCAAAUUUUAAUAUUUUUAAGUGGUUGAGUUGAUUUUUUAUCUUCAUAUUUAGUUUUCGGUUGAGUAUUGUCUGAAUAUUUGGAGGAAAUUGGGAGAAUGAGAGAUUCCAGAACUAAGAUGACCUACUCGUUCAGUUUUUUGAAGUUCAUCAGUCAACUACAGUAUGCCAAACAAAACUGGUCCUGAAUCUGUCCAAAAGGUUUGAAGGUCAUGAACGCUACCAACACAACGCACAGAUACUCGAGUGAUGACGUCAUCAAGCCAAGCAACCAGAUACAGGACGAGACACCUCACAUCGUUUACUAUGAGGAGCCAACCCUCACCAUACCACCGUUUCCAACUGACCCCAAUGCUCUACACCCUGGGAGUGUAGUGAUACGCACAGAAGAGGCACUGAUAGUGAUAAUGGUGUUGGUGCUAUGGGUGGCAGCCAUUGCUCUGUUCUUCAACCGCUGGGGCAAAAUCCGAAUGCUGGAGCCCUAUCAACCCAAAUUCCAUCAGGAGCAUAGACCCAGCUGUCCUGCUGCUGAUACUAUUGGAGGACAUUCUCAGCUACAACAACACCGCACCUCCGUCUCCAAGUUCACCAUGAUGGACCCCCCUGUCUUCGCCUCUGUGCCCCCCACCUACCGCACCUUGGCAGCCAACAACCGUCCGCGACAAAACUCUGUGUUUGUUGGAGCCAGUUUGAACCAGUUGCCAACUAAUCCGCCCCGCAAGACCAAAUCUGCCAUGGAUAUUCAGUCACUGGUUCUCAAUGAACAGAGCUGUUCAGCUAGUGGGAGUAUUAUCAGUAAUAGUGGUGCUGGUCUGGGCAUGAAACAGUCGCUGAGUCCUCAGGACCGACGCACCUCAGUCAGUGGUUUCCUCAGGAGACCAUCCUGCUCUACAGGCCUACUUCUCUCGCCAUCAAUAACAGGCAGAAGAAACUCAGCCAUCAGCGACUUCCUGCCUCUGAAGGACCGUCUUCAACCCCAUUACCAUACCGACUUCCUCACUCCCCUACCCUCCUGCUCUCACUUGAGCCCCGGCUACUCCGGACUUCCAGGUAUGUCCGGACUCUCCACUAGUCCGGGCAACCGUCGGAUGUCAAUGUGUGCCGUCGACCAUCACUCCAGGGAGCGGCGCCCAUCUUUCAACAAUGUGCUAGCUCAGGUCACAGCUGAGAGGCGACCUAGCAGUAGUAUGCUCAGGAUUAGCAAUGUUUAGUUAAGGGAACAUUAAUGAGGACUAAGUGAAUUAGUAGAGAAAAUUUAAGAAAUAUGUGAGAAAGUCAAGGGGAAAUUGAUAGAAACUAUUUGAGAAAUGGCAAAGGAAAGUUAGUGAAGCCGAUGAGAGAUGGAUGAGUGGAGGCUUAGUAGAUAUGCUCAGGGUUAGUAAUGGCAUAGAGAAACGAUAGCAUGAGUAGAUAUCCCAUGGUAUAGGGCGUUUAUGUCGCAACUUUUACUGUUAUCCCAAGCUGACAGUUCACGUAGUUAUUUCCU